AUGAUGUCUCUCAGAGCUGUUGCGCGCUCAGCGCCUCGUACAUUUACUCGUCUUAGUUCUACAACCCUCAGAUCAUCAAGACUAGCUCAACCGAGUUCACUACUUAGGUCUUCAUGGACACCUCUCAGAUCAUCUCAGUUCACCUCAUCAUUCUCCACAUCGCAGUUCAGACAAGCACCCGCGGCAGAGGUGGAUGAGGAACUGUCAGUUAAGCUCGAAAGCGAACUUCAGUUCGAAAAUGAGAUGAAGGAAGAUGAGCAGCUCCCGGCAAGCGUCAAGGACUUCCUUGAGAACAGCCCAUUCGAGCUGAAGGAUGAGCCUGGGAAAGAAGACGUCUCCCUAGUUCGCAAAUUUGGAAACGAAACCAUCACCGUCACAUUCUCCAUUUCAGAUCUUGCCAAUUACGAGCCCGACGACGUAUUCAAUGAGGAAUCUGUUCUUGACGAUGAAGAUACCGAAUCACCAGAAGUCAGGCGCACAUCACCGGCGGAGGGCGAGGAAGCCCUUGAAGACGAGAUCGACGGCAACGAUGCGCCGGUACCUUGCCGACUGAACGUCGUAGUGGAGAAGCCGGGCAAAGGCGCACUUAACAUCGAGGCGAUGGCGCAGGAUGGUCAGAUCAUCGUCGAGAACUUCUAUUACUUUAAGGACGCCAAGCUGGCGCACGGUAAGACUGCUGAGCUCGCCCAUGCCGCCCAGGACAUGUACCCCGGCCCACCCUUCGGCAGUCUCGACGAAGACCUACAGAUCCUCAUGGAGCGCUACCUCGAGGAGCGCGGCGUCACCCAGGCCCUCGGCGUCUUCGUCCCCGACUACAUGGACAUCAAGGAGCAGCGUGAGUACCAGGCCUGGCUAAAGGACGUCAAGGAAUUCAUCGACGCUUAG